AUCGAGUUUUGGUCAAAAAAAAUAAUUUUUUACUACAGCAAACUACCAAUGUAACAAAUCCGAAACCUCUAGAUUUGUUUGGGUCGCAUUUGUUGUUAAAGGGAAUAUUUAAAAAACCUCAAUAAAAUGACUAACUCAAGCAUUAAGGACGAAGACGUGGACACGACGAACCUCCUCAAGAGUCGCGAGUUCCUCUACCGCCUCAUUAUUAGCCAACUCUUCUAUGACGGCCACCAAAGCAUCGGCACUAAUCUCACGGCCGCAGUCCAAGCGGACCCUCCGUGUGCCCCCAGUGACCGUCUUUUUCAUAUUGUCAUGGCCGGGUUAGAACAUGAGCCUGACCGUAAGGAGAGACCCCAAAACCCCGGCAUAGGGAACAAUAAUAUCGGUCCGGGGCUUGAUCUCGAAUUUGAGACUGAGUCAAAUAUCCCAGCGCCCGAACCCGCAUUGUAUGAAACUGCGUACGUGACGUCACAUAAAGGGAAUUGUCGUGCUGGGUGUUUUUCAAGUGAUGGGCAAUUAAUUGCAACAGGGAGUGUGGACGCUAGUAUUAAGAUUCUGGAUGUUGAUAGAAUGUUGGCCAAGUCGGCGCCGGACGAGAUGGAUCCCUCAAGGGGCGAACAACAGGGGCAUCCUGUCAUUAGGACGCUGUAUGACCACAUGGAGGAGGUCACUUGUCUGGAGUUCCACCCUAAGGAGCCCAUUUUGGUGUCAGGGUCGAAGGACAACACGAUUAAGAUGUUUGAUAUCUCGAAAGCCAGCGUCAAGAAGGCGUUUAAAACAAUAUCUGAGUCGGAACCAAUCAGAGCCAUGUCUUUCCACCCCGGGGGCGACCACAUGAUCGUCGCCACCAACCACCCCGUCGUCCGACUGUAUGACGUCAAUACCCUCCAAUGCUACGUCUGUGCUUUCCCCUCCCACCAACACACCCAGAGCGUCACUUGUCUCAAAUGGUCGCAAGACGCGCGAGUUUUUGCCACUUGUAGCAAAGACGGCAAUAUUAAACUUUGGGACGCGGUCUCGAACCGUUGCAUAAACACGUUUCAGAAAGCACACGACGGACUUGAAGUCUGUUCGGUCGUAUUUUCGAAAAACGGCAAAUAUUUGUUAUCGUCGGGGAAAAACUCAAUUUGCAAAUUGUGGGAACUGACAACAAGCCGGUGUUUGAUUGCUUAUACGGGAGCUGGGACGACCGGAAAGCAGGAAUAUGAGGCUCAGGCUGUUUUUAAUCACACUGAGGAUUACGUCCUGUUUCCUGACGAGGCAACGACGUCUUUGUGUGCCUGGAAUUCGAGGAAUGCUUCAAGGAAGCAGUUGAUGUCUUUGGGACACAAUGGGGCGGUUAGACUCAUAGCGCACAGCCCCACGCAGGCCGCCUUUCUGACCUGCUCGGACGAUUUUCGGGCCAGGUUUUGGUACAGAAGAACCCCAACAUUAUAAAAAGUGUUACUUUCUUGUAUAGGCAACCAAUAAUGCGCGGGCAUUUUUUAUUUUAAUCUUAUUUUUUAAUUAUAACUAAUUAAGGCUGCGCGUAACAUUACGUUCCAUGUUGUGAGACAACAAUUUGCGGCAAUUUUUGUGUUAAUAAAGAGAUAAAAAGGA